ACACGUCGGAAACGCCACAGCAUCAAAGCGGCCGUGACCCGCACGGGCACGGCGUAUGGUUCCGUCUUUCGCUAGGGUCCGGCCGCAGCAAGCGAGAGCGCAGCCAAGCAGCGGCGGCCCGCCUCCGACUCCGCCCCCGGCCGCCUCGCCAAUGGAGUCCUCGCAGCCGCCGGCGCCUCCCACUGGGGGCGACCCAGCUGCAGAUCACGAGGCCGCGGAGCUGCCCCGGCUCACUGUGACGCAGGUGGAGCAGAUGAAGGUGGAGGCCAACGUGGCCGACUUCUACCGCGCCCUCUUCGGGGCCACGCCCAACACGAAAUCCCUCCUGCUAGAGCUGUGGCGUGAUCAGCAUAUCGAGUAUCUGACAAAAGGGCUGAGGCAUCUCGGGCCAAACUUUCAUGUGCUUGAUGCCAAUCGGCCUUGGCUGUGCUACUGGAUGGUUCAUCCACUUGCUUUGUUGGACGAAGUACUUGACGAUGAUCUCGAAGAUGAUAUUGUGGACUUCUUAGCUCGAUGUCAGGACAAAGAUGGUGGAUAUGGUGGCGGACCUGGACAGUUGCCUCAUCUUGCUACAACAUAUGCUGCAGUAAAUACGCUUGUGACUAUAGGGAGUGAAAGAGCACUGUCAUCGAUAAAUAGGAACAACCUGCACAAGUUUAUGGUUCGGGUGAAAGAUACAUCAGGUGCUUUCAGAAUGCAUGAAGGUGGUGAAAUUGAUGUCCGUGCUUGCUAUACUGCAGUAUCAGUUGCCAGCCUUGUGAACAUUCUCGAUGACGAACUGGCAAAAGGGGUUGGGGAUUACAUAGCCAGGUGUCAAACUUAUGAGGGUGGUAUUGCUGGGGAACCUUAUGCUGAAGCUCACGGUGGGUACACCUUUUGUGGGUUGGCUGCAUUGAUCCUGCUUAAUGAGACAAAGAAACUCGACUUGCCUAGCUUGAUAGACUGGGUGGCUUUUCGCCAAGGGGUGGAAUGUGGAUUUCAAGGACGAACCAAUAAAUUGGUUGACGGUUGCUACUCCUUUUGGCAGGGAGCUGCUGUUGCUUUAACACAGAAGCUAAUGAUGAUUGUCGAUGAACAAUUGAACUCAUCAUGUUCCAGCAAAAGACCGUCAGGCAAGGAUGCUUGUGGCACCAGCUCAUCUGGGAAGCCCUCAGAAAAAUCUUCCACUGCGGAUUUCGCAAAGUUUGGAUUUGAUUUUAUAAUGCAGAGCAACCAAAUUGGCCCACUGUUUCACAACAUUGCCCUGCAGCAAUACAUCUUGGUUUGUGCUCAGGUACUAGAGGGAGGAUUGAGGGAUAAGCCUGGAAAAAACAGAGAUUACUAUCACUCAUGCUACUGCCUCAGUGGCCUCUCAGUUAGCCAGUACAGUGCCACGACUGAUUCCAAUUUAUGCCCCUUACCGCAGCAUGUGCUCGGCCCAUACUCUAAUUUGCUGGAGCCGAUCCAUCCACUCUACAAUGUUGUACUGGACAAAUACCAUACGGCCUAUGAGUUCUUUUCCAAAAGUGAUCAAAUGUAGGAUUUAUUACAAGCUCAGUUGGCUAGGGCGUUCUGUGAGAUUGCACUGUAUGCACGGAUAACAGUAUUAUAUAAAAUUUGUUAUAUAUAU